ACGGUGGGAGGGGGAGAGCUGGUAGGAAUGAAAGCUUACUUCGAGUUGGAGGAGCAGGUUAGGCUACAGUCGCUACUCGCGAACGAAAAUUAGACCGGCGGCCAACGGCAGUAGGCUACCGUUUUGAAAUUUGUCGGGCAUCAGCUGUUUAACAAUGUUAAUGUGAUGAAAAAAGAUGAAGUAAGUAAUCUAGCAGAGACGUUGUGUCGGCUUCUCUCUCGUUUGGGUGUUUAGAAAGGAGAGAGAUGAGUCUGGGAUACUGAUUGGAGUUGACAAGCCCGCUCCACUACUAGAUCCACUCUUCUUCCACUCCCCCCCCACCUCUUUCCCAAACCAGGAAAUCGCCGAGGUGUGCUUCGGUCCCUCUCCCUUGAUAAUAAUUACCCCUUAGUGGGUAGAUAGAUGUGUAUCUCCUCGAUAUCGUCAUUUUUAUUUUCUUUUUUGCUUUGUAACUCCGUGCUCACAUCUGAAGCCAAAACCCCAGCGGCCAAGAGGAUCUCCAUUCUCGCCUAACAAUGAGUGAGUCGAGCAUCUGUCAGGCGAGGGCCACGGUGAUGAUCUAUGACGAUGCCAAUAAGAAGUGGAUCCCGGCCGGCACAGGGGCCCAGGUCUUCAGCCGGGUCCAGAUCUACCACAACCCCACCACCAACGCCUUCAGAGUGGUGGGCCGCAAGAUGCAGACAGACCAGCAGGUGGUGAUAAACUGUCCGAUUGUGAAGGGGCUGAAAUACAAUCAGGCUACGCCUAACUUUCACCAGUGGCGGGACAACAGGCAGGUGUGGGGGCUUAACUUUGGCAGCAAGGAGGAUGCUGCCCUCUUCGCAAAUGGCAUGCUGCACGCACUAGAAGUGCUCAAUGCAAUGGCAGAUGCAGGUUACUCUACACUCCCCCGUCCAGUGUCAAAUGGACCAUCUCCAGAGGAGAUUGAACAGCAGCGGAGGUUGGAACAACAGAGGCUUGAGCAGCAGGAAAGAGAACGGCAAGAGAGGGAGAGGCAGGAGAGAGAGCGGCAGGAGAGAGAGCGGCAAGCAGCGGCAGGUACACCACAUGAGACUGUUCCCCCUGCUCCUCCAAUGGCUCCUGGAGGCCCGCCGGCACCUCCUCCUCCUCCGCCUCCUCCAGGGCCUCCUCCAGCCGGUCCACCACCUCCCCCGGGACCCCCACCAUCAGGUGGACCCCCACCAGCCCCACCGCUGCCAUCCCCAGGAGGUGGGGGAGAAGGCGGCGGCGGUCUUGGAGGAGGAGGAGGCCUGGCAGCAGCCCUGGCUGGAGCCAAACUCCGCAAAGUGCCCAAGGAUGACGGUGGUGGUGGUGGUGGUGGUGGUGGUGGAGCUGGAGCCGGUGCCGGUGCCGCAGCCGCUGCAAAGCCUGAUGCCAGCCGUAGCAGUGCCUCCCUGCCAGCCGGGGGAGGUGGCCUGAUGGGGGAGAUGAGUGCCAUAUUGGCAAGAAGGCGAAAAGCAGCAGACAAGGGAGAAAAGGCACCCGCAAAGCAAGAUGAGCCCAAUAAUGAUGACUCUGAAUCGCAAGGCCAGAGUGAACCUGUGAGAAGGCCUUGGGAGAAAUCUGCCACUAUGCCCAGGAAUAGCGCCACACUCAGUUGGAAUGCGGACACUGCCUUCUCCACUGCCAGUAUGCCCAGAAUGAAGGCAACAAACAACACUAAUGAGUCAGAGGGUGGUGAAGAGUCUGACAUGGAAAAACUUAAACAGGAGUUACUGGAAGAGGUGAGAAAGGAGCUGCAGAAAGUAAAGGAUGAGAUCAUUGGCGCAUUCAUUCAGGAGUUACAGAAGAGAGGAUCCACAUAGUCUGAUUGCACAGUCACUCUUGUCUGAAUGAAUAGGGGAGGACACUUCUCCCUCCUGUGUAGUCCAGGGAUUAUCUCUAUCUCUUACUUACACAUCUUCCAAGUCAUACAGGCUUACAGACCACACUCAAACACAUGCAUAAGUACACACACACACACACACACACACAUACACAUACAUAAAUAUGUUCAAUACCCAGGGAACUUGCCCACAAUAACGACACCUUAACCCGGGAAUAGGUAAUAAAAUACCCAACUGAUAUGCUACCACCACUCGAGUGUCAACUUCUCCAUCAUUCUCCACCCAAACCCAUUUGUUUUUUUCUCCUUCACUCUGCUCAACCUGUGCACCAAUUGUAAAGAACCACUGCUUCACCCCACAGGGCUAAAUCCUCAAACUCUUUCUCAUUCCAUGACCUUCCUCUCAUGCAGACACAGGCCCUUUUCAAUUGUAUUAUAUUUACCCCCCCCCCCCCAUUCCAUAAUGUCCCUCCACCUCUUCCGACCAGGUCUCACGAGAGACCGAGGCGUUCAGGGAAUCGUGCAUAUCAGUUCAUCCCAGUUACUGUAAUUACUCACGUGCUGGCAUGUACAUCUGUCCGAAGCUUCUCUGUCCCCAGGCGGCAGCGACCUCAGCACUCUGCCCUCUGAGAGACGUCUCACAGUCGGUCAGUCGGUGGGUCGGUCAUUUCCUGACAGUACAGCACAGUGGGCACCUCUGAUAAGAGGCCUCUUUCUCUCAGGUUGACCCCCACAUCAAUGUGAUGGUGUUCCCAGCACUGUGCAAAGGACACCAGGAGCUCUCAUCUUCAUCUGGGCAAGCAGUGGUGCUCUCUCUCUCUCUCUGUCUCUCUCUUUCUCUCUUGGUGUCCCUCACACCAUGUCCGACGGAGAGGUGCUGCAGAGCACACCGGCUGAGGGGCAGGAGAGACUGAAUUGAGAAAAGGGAAUGGUGACUGACAGCUCUGGUCUGGAGCUUGCACAGUGACCACCCAGCCCACCUUCAUACACACACACACACACACACACACACACACUUACUUACGCACCUUUCCUGCAUGGCUUGCCAGCAGAAAGGCAGGACAUUGGUGAGAGUACCUGUACACGUGUCUGCUCUGUGAGUGCCAUUGCAUUGUCACCUCACUCCCCGCAACAUAAACACACACCUGUCCUAUUCACUCAGUACACCUGUCCCUAACUGUCCUUCACAUAGUUCCAUACUUUUGAGGUAUGUUUUCUUGACUAUACAUUAAGAUAUGAAUACCAUAUUGGCCAUGAACCUGUCUGUCUUGUGGCCAUGACAAACUGCCUUGGAAAUACAUAUAAAUAAAUAUAUAUAUAUGAGGUAUAUAUAUAUAUUUUUGUUUUGAGGGAAAUUGUUAGAUGAUGAAUUGAGAUAAUGUUUCUAUUUUAAUUGAACUGAUUGGUGAAUGGGGAUAUUUUUGGAUUUUUUUUUCUGUUUGUUUAAUUUUCUUUUAAGAGAUUGUUAUUUUGGGUUUCCUGUUACCUUUUUGUUUCUUUUUUUCAUUAGAGUAUAGGCUUUUUACACUGAAAUAUAAAGGAAAUGGCGUAGAGACACUGGAUUAGAAUUGCCUUUAUAGUCAAAUACAGCUGCUUCUUUACUGCA